AUGUCGCGCAUGAGAGGGUACCUAAUGCGCGAUGGCGCGAAUCCUUCGCCGUCCCAGCGCUCGUCGCUGAACUCCGAGCGCCUGUUGACGGUGUCCGAGCUUGGCACUUCGAAGUCCAUGGGUACGUACAGCGAGGACUAUUCGAGUCUCACGAGCGGCUAUUCGUCGCACAGACGCGGGUCGACAAACACGUCGACUUCCGACGCGGAGCGCCAGCUGCAGCUGGACCGUAUGCAUCAGCAAAUUCUCGCGGAAUACGAGGGCGGCAGGGAGACGUUGAUGAUAUACCAGCGCAGCUACCGCGCCGCUGUGGAACGCUUCCUGUCCUUUGCGAGUGAGAACAAGCAGGUUUACACGAAGGUGAUGGACCUUCACCAGCAGGUGGAGAAACAGUUUGAGAAGAACCAGGGCAGCGCUGCCGCGCAGCUCGCUGUACACCUGCGUGUUAUCGUGAAUGUCAGUCUGCUAUACUUCCGCAGCGACGACUCCAACUCGUCGCUGGCGCACAUGCUUAUAAAGUCUCCGUACAUGACGUACCAGGCGUUCCAGGACGCCAUCCAGGAGGUGUGGCGCACGCACACGUCGAAGCUGUCGGUGGCUCCGCCAAAGCUGGGGAUUUGCGGUUGGUUGGGGCGUCACCACGUGACGCCGCGUGGACUGUGCAGCAGCAUGAUCAACACUCUGACUGCCGUUGAGGGUGUGGUGAACAAGUGUUCCACCGUCUCUCCUAAGCUCGCGCAGUCAGUGUACGUCGGCGAGCCAAUUUACGACAUGAUGCACGAGUCCGAGAAGACGGUUCACCUGCGCAACCACUACGAUCUCACGGAUUUCACCAAGACUGCGAAGGAUAACGGACUGCCGCCCAGUGCAGACCCCGAGGGGAAGGUGGUCCACCGUCAGGAGAUUGGUCUCAGCAGCUACCGCAACUACCAAACGUUCGUCAUCCAGGAAACUCCCGAAGACUCCUUCACCGGCCAGAUGCCUCGCUACGUCUCCGUGAUAGUGCAGGACGACCUGUGCAACGUGGUCCAGUGCGGCGACCGCGUUCGCGUCUGGGGCGUGUACCGCGCGGGUUGCGGCCGCGCUGACGACACCAACAACGGCAUCGGCCGCGGUUACCUGGUGGCAAACUACGUUGCGAUCCGUAACAAGUUGGCCAGCAGGCUGUCCAAUGAGAUCACCGACGACGAUCGCGCCAAGUUCAAGCAGCUGGCGCAGAGGGAGGACUGCCUGAGCAUCUUAACUCGUUCAAUGGCUCCUUCCAUCUGCGGCCACGAGAUCGUGAAGCGCGGCCUUUUGCUUGCGUUGGCUGGUGGGACGGCCAGCGACGAGUCCAGUGACCAUCGCAUUAGGGGUGACAUUCACGUGCUGUUGGUGGGUGAUCCGGGUUGCGGUAAGUCUCAGAUGUUGCGCUUCGUGAUGAACCUGCUUCCUGGAACGGUCUCUACUACCGGCCGCGGUUCCACCGGCGUGGGUCUGACGGCAGCCGUGGUCGUGGACCAGGAGACCGGCGAACGGCGCGUCGAGGGAGGCGCCAUGGUGAUGGGAGACCGCCGUGUGGUCUGCAUUGAUGAGUUCGACAAAAUGCAACCAAGUGAUCGUGUUGCGAUUCACGAGGUGAUGGAACAGCAGACGGUUACCGUUGCCAAAGCUGGUAUUCACACAACGCUGAAUGCGCGCUGCACUGUCCUCGCCGCCGCCAACCCGUCGUACGGCUGUUGGAGUGAGGACAUGGACGUCUCGCAGCAGUUGUGCUUCGAGCGCUCCUUGAUUUCUAGGUUUGACCUUAUUUUCGUGGUGCGGGACUCCGCCACCGAAGCCGAGGACGAGCGCAUCGCGGAGGCGGUUCUCCGCAACCUCACCCAGAAGUCCAAAGUGAUAACUGCGCACAAGAACUCCGCGCAGUCGGGCCGCCCAGGUGGCGCCCCCAGUUGCGUCAUUCAGCCGGUUGAGGGAGACAUGAACCAAGAGGCUUUUGCGAAUGCCACCUUCGACGGCUACCACUGGGAGGAGCAGUGGGUACCCACUUCGGGCGAUUCCGCUAGGGCGAAGAAGGCCAAGUCAGCAGGCAAGGCGACUGACGGCUUCCUAAAGAGCCGGACGGAGAUGACGUACAUCGACUGCGAGGGCGUGGAGCACGACGUCGUUGACUCGUCGUUUCUGCGCAAGUACAUUCACUACUGCAAGCAUCUGUUCUACCGCGAGAUGGAAGCGAUGGAGGGCUGGCGUGCCUCCCCCGAGAUCAGCGAGGUUGCUCGCCGUGCCAUAGUGUCGCUCUACUCCCAGCUUAGGACCCGGGCGCAGCAGUCCGAGCAGCACCGGUUGAAGCUCCCGCAGGCAGUAACGCCUCGUACAUUGGAGGCUAUCAUCCGUCUGUGUGUGGCCUACACGAAGCUGCAGCUGAAGCGGUGGGUCACCACUGACUGCGUGGCAGCAGUGGGCAAGCUGCUUAACUACACACUUUUCGGUGAUGCGUACGACGUUUUCGAGACUGAGCGCGAGCCCGCGUCAGACUAUGAAGACGAGUCUAUGUCCGAGGAUUCGCCCAAACGCACGCGCCCUAGUCGAUCCGCUACUACCGACUCCGCAGCGGCUGCACCAGUUGGCGAGAUCACUGGCGGCGGGGAACACAGACCGUCAGAAGGCAAGGCGCCGCGCACCGCCCAAUCUUCUGAAGUCGAUAACAACAACACCGCAAUUCUUCUGUCAUGCCUGCGCAAGCUAGACACCGGCGAUGGUGUUGACCUGUCGGACCUCUACAUAGAGUUCUCGAGAUCGGUGCGCAUGUCCAUGGACGAUUUCAAGAAGUUCCUUCAGACUCUGCACAACCAGGAGCCGUCUCCCAUCGUCUACUCGGAGGACGCGUUCAUGGUCUUCAGCUGCUGA